AUGUCUUAUUCACUGGUAAGGGAUUCAUUUAGAAUCAUCUUUUUUACUUUAUCUUCUUUUUUUUUUUUUAACUUUAUCUUCUUUUUUUUUUUACUUUUUUUACUUCAUUUUUUUUUCUUUCUUUUUUUUUUUUCUUUUUUUAUCUUCUUUCUUUAUCUUCUUUCUUUAUCUUCUUUCUUUAUCUUUUUUCUUUACUUCUUUCUUUAUCUUUUUUCUUUCUUUUCUUUCUUUCUUUUCUUUUUUCUUCUUUCUUUCUUUACUUCUUUCUUUCUUUCCUUCUUUCUUUCUUUUACUUCUUUCUUUCUUUACUUUUUCUUUCUUUUUCUUCUUUCUUUCUUUUACUUCUUUCUUUCUUUACUUCUUUCUUUCUUUACUUUUUCUUUCUUUUUACUUCUUUCUUUCUUUUACUUCUUUUACUUUAUCUUCUUUCUUUUUUUCUUCUUUCUUUACUUUAUCUUCUUUCUUUUACUUCUUUCUUUCUUUACUUCUUUCUUUCUUUUUUACUUCUUUCUUUCUUUUCUUUCUUUUUUACUUCUUUCUUUCUUUACUUCUUUCUUUCUUUUUACUUUUCUUUCUUUACUUCUUUCUUUCUUUUAUCUUCUUUCUUUCUUUAUUCUUUCUUUCUUUUUACUUCUUUCUUUCUUUACUUCUUUUUUCUUUCUUUUCUUUCUUUCUUUCUUCUUUCUUUUUUUCUUUUCUUCUUUCUUUCUUUACUUCUAUCUUCUUUCUUUCUUUCUUUUUUCUUUACUUUUCUUUUUUUUUUUUUUUUUACUUUUCCAUUUGAAUGAUAGAUUUUUUUGGCAAUUACAUUUUAGAUUGAUUUGGGUUUCUUGCAUAUUUUUUUUUUAUUUACUUUUCCUUGGUUUUUUAUUUAUUUAUUUUUUUUCAUUUUUUUGUUGUUUCUCUUUUUUUCUUCAUUUUUUUGUUGUUUCUCUUUUUUUCUUCAUUUUUUUGUUGUUUCUCUUUUUUUCUUCAUUUUUUUGUUGUUUCUCUUUUUUUCUUCAUUUUUUUGUUGUUUCUCUUUUUUCUUCAUUUUUUUGUUGUUUCUCUUUUUUCUUCAUUUUUUUGUUGUUUCUCUUUUUUCUUCAUUUUUUUGUUGUUUCUCUUUUUUCUUCAUUUUUUUGUUGUUUCUCUUUUUUCUUCAUUUUUUUGUUGUUUCUCUUUUUUCUUCAUUUUUUUGUUGUUUCUCUUUUUCUCCCUGUUGUUUCUUUAAUUUCUUUCCGCCACACCAUCACCCUCCCUAUCACUCCCCUAUGCAUCUCCCCCCGUCACUCUCCCUCCCAUUCUCCCUGCACUAUCUGUCUACCCUCCUUCUCCAGCAACCGUUACUGUCUGUCCCCACCUUCUUCCGUACCCCGUCACUGUCUGCCGCACCAGUCACUGUCUGUUGCCUCCACCUUUUGCUUUAACCUAUCAAGCUUCCUAUCAUAA